UCAUCUGUCACUUCGAUAUGUUCAAGAAACGUACCCGUUUCCAAAGUAGCCUAAUACAUAUACCAAAUUGAUAUUAGAUUGGUUGUAAGGAUUGCUGUUUCAACGGAAUUGAUAACCCACCCAAUGACCAACCCAUAGAAGCUGCAGGUAAAUAUAUAAUCUCUUGCCUCUCUCUCAGAAAAAAAGAAAAACUUGAAGGGUCCAGCAAUUUUUUUGUUUUUUUUUUGGGGUUUCAGUUUCUUUUUGGUCAAAGAAUUGGAAUAUCCAAUCCAAAUUAAACCAUAAUUUAGUUUCAGUUAGCGAUUCUGCUCAUUCACCACAUAAAGUUUGCAAAGUAACUUUUUAACUCAAAAUCCUUCAUAUAAGAACGUGCCAAAAAAAUAUAAAAAUAUAAAUAUGAAAAGAAUUGAAGAUCACAAUACCUAAAAACUGGAUAUAAUUAAAUAUAUAGAAAAAAAGAUGGCCCAAAAAAAAAUUGGAAACAUAAAUGACAAAAUUUACAUUAUACAAAGACAAACUUCUAAAUCGAGAAUAAAAAUGAAGUAAGAAGGAGGUUACACCUAACUACAAAGACAAUAGAAAACAUGCAAUGAAACUGAAGGUUUAAUAAAUUAAAUUCUAUUGUAAAUACACAUUUGUGAGAGUAAUUAUAUAGGAUGAAAGAAUAUUUUUUUAUAAAAUUAUUGAACAUUAGCAAGUGGAAAAGAAAAUCAUGUAGAAACAAAGAACAUUAAUCCUAAAAUAUAUAAAGAUUUAAAUUAAAUAUACGAUAUGUUAAAUAAUAUAAGCUAACUACAAAUUAUCGUAGAUUAUCAUCUAAAAUAAAAUUACGCGCGGACAAAGACUCUAGUUUAUAUAAUUACAACAAUAAAAUGAAGAGGCUUCUCGUAUUAUAUAAGCAAAGAACUUGGCAUCUAAGCGAAACCAAGAGACGGAAAAAAAAAACAAUCAAAUUUAGAGAGAGCCAAAAGAAAAACUACUAUCAAAUUUCUUAUUUCGACCCCCAAGUUUUCAUUUUGAUAUAUUUCACCCCCCUGUCCUUCUUUUUCUCGUUCUUUCACAGAUUUUAACUUGUGCUCGAUCAAGCUAAGAAGGUGUGUUUUUGAUCCUUCUCCGUUAGGUUUUUAAGAUACAUAUGGCAGCCAUAGAUAUGUUCAACAGCAGCACAGAUCUCUCAGAUCCUUUGAAAGAAGAGCUCAUGAAAGCACUUAAACCUUCUCUUCCUCCGGUUCCAAACACAAUCUUCGGUUUCAAUCAAACCGCACCUCUCGGUCUAAACCAACUCACACCUUACCAAAUCCACCAGAUCCAAAACCAGCUUAACCAGAGACGCAGCACCACCAUCUCCAAUCUCUCCCCAAAGCCUGUUCCAAUGAAGAACAUGACCGUUCAUAAACUCUACAGAGGAGUCAGGCAAAGGCACUGGGGAAAGUGGGUUGCUGAGAUCCGUUUACCCAAGAACCGGACCCGACUCUGGCUCGGAACUUUCGACACAGCAGAAGAAGCAGCCAUGGCUUAUGACCAAGCUGCUUACAAGCUUCGUGGCGAGCUCGCGAGGCUUAAUUUUCCACACACGAGGCGCGAGUGUGGAUACGGAGGUGGUGAUGGAAGCUUCAAGCCUCUUCAUCCCUCUGUCGAAGCAAAGCUCGAAGCGAUUUGUCAGAGCUUGGUGAAAACAGAGGAUCUUGAUCUCCCCUGUUCUGAAACAGAGCUUUUCCUCCCGCCAAAAACAGAGUAUGAAGAAAAUACGUUUUCCGAUGAGUCUCAGGUUGGAUCUUCUUCGCCGGAGUCUGGGGUUACCACUGCGUUCUUGGGUUUUUUGGAUUCAGGGUUUGAUGAGAUUGGGAGUUUCGUGCUGGAGAAGUUUCCCUCUGUGGAGAUUGAUUGGGAUGCGAUUAGCAAACUGUCUGAAUCUUGAAUGAUGCCUCAUAUUAGUUAGUUACUUAGUUAAUCUCUGCAACAUAAUUUUUUUUUUUACAGUUGUAGAGAAUUGUCUAAGGUUGUCUCUUUUGAAAUCAUCCCUCCAUGUGUUUGGUCUGGCUGGUUCAUGUGUUUUUUUUUUUCAAAAACCUUGCCAUUGACCAAUCAUCAGAGGAGUUUAUGUGUACUAUCAUCUUUAAGUUUCUAAUGAAUGUAAAGUAUUUAGGCUUUUUUAUUUUAUGAUCAAUUUUUGUUUUGUUA